GUCAGUCACUGUGCUCACGUAAGCAGGAAGGCGCUAGCCUGCAGCCGCGAGGUCGGGCUGGCACCCCCACUUCCUGCCUGCAGUGGGAGCCCUGCCCGGCCCCCCUGUCCCGGGGGCAGCUCUGUGAUCACCCUGCUCCCCUGAGGGGGGAUCUCAACCCCAGUGUCGGGCUCAGAGACUCCGAGCGUCCCUCCCCUGGCGCAGAGGGAGCGGGUUUCUGCAAGCACCGGUGUCGAAUUCAUUCCUAACGCCUUCCGGAGGGGCCUGUACAAAGAUGUUUUUCUACCAAUUUCAUCUUUGGGUCAGAUUCCAAAAGUGGACGCGUGGGAUUCCGCUGCCAGCAGGUCACAGAGGCCCUCAGUCCCCUGGAGGGAGAUGAAAUAAAUUCAGUGUGACGGUUCCCGAAGGUGACGUCUCCAUCCUGGCCCCGGCCUUUUAUAAAGGGGGCCUGUGUGCUUCGGGCUGAGGCUGAGGGACAGGAGCAGUCAGGUAACCCCGACAGGGCAGCCGAUGGGGGUGCAGGUUCUUAAGUUGCUAAAGUUAAGUAAGGCCAACGAGACAGGGUUUAGCCUCAGGAGAACGGCCGGGAGCCGCUGACACUGGACGCUUGUGGAAACACAGGAUGGUCUUUCCUCCGGAGCUGUUUUCCAGGAGCUGCCACUCUGGGGGUGGCGGGAAGAGCUGGGGCCCGAGGGUGGGCAGCCUCACCUCUCUGGUUCCUCCCGCUGCAGGUGGACCUGAGCGAGCCGUCAGUCAGUCUGUGGCGAAGCACCCGGGGGAGAUGAAGACCUGCCUGCUGCCCGGGGUGGCCCUCUGCCUCCUGCUGGGGCCCCUGGCGGGGGCCAAGCCUGUGCAGGACGAGGGAGACCCCUACGCGGAGCUGCCGGCCAUGCCCUACUGGCCCUUCUCCACCUCCGACUUCUGGAACUACGUGCAGUACUUCCAGACGAUGGGCGCCUACCCGCAGCUCGAGGACAUGGCCCGCACCUUCUUUGCUCACUUCCCGCUGGGGGCCACCCUGGGCUUCCACGUCCCCUAUCAGGAGGAGUGAGGGGCCCGGCCUGGUACCCCGGCCUCGCCAAUAAACUCCUGACUUAACACGCACAACACACGCUGUGGUUUUCUUUC